AUGAAGCUCUUGAACCUCCUCCCAUUGGCGGGGCUGGCAGCGGCUUGCGCUCAUGAUCAUGACGAUAAGCAAUGGACCAAGGAGGAACUCAACGAGCUCGAGGAUAAAUGGGGUUACGAAUGGCCUUUUGCUGGCAUAAACACCUUUGCCCAUCUUAAGCAUGUCAAGUGUCUGACUGAACCCACUGAACCAUUCGACAUCGCUAUCGUCGGCGUCCCCUUCGACACAGCCGUGAGCUACCGCCCAGGAGCUCGCUUUGGACCUCGAGCGAUCCGCUCAGCAUCUGCCCGUCAAACAUCUAUGCGUGGCUUCAACCCUCGAGCUGGUGUCAACCCGUACCAGAACUGGGCCAAGAUUGUUGACUGCGGCGACGUUUCUGUCACGCCAAUUGAUAACGGCAUUGCUCGUGAGCAGAUGACUCAGGCGUUCAAGCAGCUUGGUCGUCGCAGGACUGUUUCCGCGCUGGCACCCAAGGCUCGCCUUGUGACAUUGGGUGGCGAUCACUCGUUAGCUCUCCCUGCUUUGCGAGCUCUGAACGAGAUCCAUGGAAAGCCUAUCCAGGUUUUGCACUUUGAUGCUCACCUGGAUACAUGGAACCCAGCUGCCUAUCCCUCGUGGUGGGGAGCUACUCACUUUAACCACGGCUCCAUGUUCUGGAUGGCGAACCAAGAAGGUUUAUUAUCCAACUCGUCUGCUGAGCGCUCUGUCCACGCCGGUCUGCGCACCCGUCUCACAGGUACCGACUUCUCCGACCAUGAAGACGAUUCAUCCCAAGGCUGGGUCCGUUUCACCGCCGACGAUAUCGAUGAUCUUGGCACAAAGGGUAUCAUUGACGGUAUCCUCAAGGUCCUUGGUACUGAAAACCCCGUCUAUCUCUCCGUCGACAUUGACGUUCUCGACCCUGCCUUUGCGCCUGGCACCGGUACCCCUGAGCCCGGCGGUUGGUCUACUCGCGAAUUCAUCCGUAUCCUUCGUGGGCUUGAGGGCUUGAAUCUUGUUGGUGCUGAUGUUGUCGAGGUGUCUCCUGCUUACCAGAACGGAGGAGAGGAGACAGCCCUGGCUGCUGCCCAGGUUGUCUAUGAGAUUAUUAGCUCCAUGGUGAAGAGGGGUCUUCAAGAUGGUGGCAAGGAGGGCAACGGCGGCAAUGCAGCUGAGGCCAAGGACGAGCUGUGA